CCCAGGGAAAGCUGACUUGUUCCAGUGCCACCAUGAAAUUCUUCACUGUCCUGUUAUUUGCCAGCCUUGCUGCCACCUCUCUUGCUGUCCUGCCUGGCUCCAAAGAUAAACUUGACAUGAAGACUCAGCCCACAGAUACCACUGCCCAAUCCACUCCCACCAGCCACACCAGCAAGGAGAGUACUUCCAGUAAGGACCUUUCCAAGGAGCCUUACAUCUUCAGAGAAGAGCUGGUUUCCAAAGAUAAUGUGGUGAUGGAAUCUACUAAUCCAGAGAGUAAAGAGGUCCAGGAUGGGCUCAGGAGUGGGUCAUCUCAGCUGGAAGAGACCACAAGACCCACCACCUCAGCUGCAGCCACUUCAGAGGAAAAACUGACCAAAUCAAGCCAGAAAAUGGAGAAAGAACUGGGUAAAAUAAUUGAAGGAUUUAUAAGUGGUGUGGAAGACAUAAUCCCUGGUGCCAAUGGUAUCAUGAAGCCAUGAAGACAAAAACACCUAACCACUAAGUUCCAUGCUAGGUAGUGCCUUUCAUCCACAUUCUGCUCAUCUGACCACCACCUCUUGGUCUGCCCUUUAACGUCUUACAUUAAAGUAUCGAAACCUAAACCCAGCUCUCUGAUGACUUUGUCAAGUCUGGGAAGGGAAACAGAAUGCCUUCACUCUACUAGGAUUCCUCUUUAGCUUUUCUAUCCUUUUAGAUCCAAACCUCUCACCCUCCUCAGUUUACAAGCCUGGUCAAGUCUCCCCAUCCAAAACAUCCUCUGAAAAAACUUGAUCCUUGUCAUCCUUCUGCUCCUUCAAUAUGGACAACCCCCAUUCCUACUCACCCACUAUAGCCUG